AUGGCUACCAAUUCUUCAAUGAGGAUAUGGAGUUGGUUACUCUUCUUUCUAGCUAUUUCAAUAACGGAUGCUUUUUACAUACCAGGUUGGUCAAUCAAAAGUUACAAAGACAACGAAGCAAUUCCUCUACUGGUCAAUAAAGUAUAUUCUGAUAAUACACAAUUACAAUAUGCCUACUACGAUCUCCCAUUCGUCUGCCCUCCUACUGGAAUCCGCCAUGCCGGAUCUUCUCUACUUAGCGGCCAAAGUAUAUCAUUGAAUCUCGGAGAAGUUCUGCGGGGAGACCGAAUCACACAAUCGGAUAUCGAAUUGGUCAUGGGAAAAGAUCAAGAAUGUAAUUUCCUCUGUUCGAAAACCGUCAGUCGAAGAGAUCUCAAACGCGCAAAGGAAUUGGUCAAGGAUGGAUAUGUUGUGGAAUGGAUUGUGGAUAAUUUGCCUGGAGCAACGAGUUUUGUAACGGUAGAUAAGAGUAAGAAGUAUUACGCUGCCGGAUUCAAAUUGGGAUAUAAAGAUUUUUCCCCAACUGGUAAAUCGAGAUACUUCAUCAACAACCAUCUUACGAUCGUUCUUCGAUAUCGAAAGGCCCCAGGAAAAGAUGGAGAAAGGGGUGGAAAGGUGAUUGUUGGAUUCGAAGUUUAUACUAAGAGUGUUGGAGCUGAGAAAAGAGUGAAAUCGGGUUGUCCUGCGGAUUUGAACGAUGUCGAUACACCUUUUGAAUUAUAUCUGGCUCCGAAUAAUACCGAUUCUUCAUCCGCCCUCGCAUAUCCACUUUCAUCAUAUCAUCCACCGGAAAGAGAAGCUGAUUUGGAUGAUGGAGCUACAAUGGAAAUUCCAUACACAUAUUCUGUUUAUUUCCGAGAAGACGAAAAGGUUGAAUGGAGAAAUCGAUGGGAUCUAUACUUUGUGAAUCAAGAGGAAGGUUCAAGAAUCCAUUGGUUAGCCAUUGUCAAUUCUUUGAUCAUCUCUGGACUUCUAAGUGGUAUCGUGGCUAUGAUCUUAGCCAGAACGAUUCGAGGAGAUAUCAAAACAUACAGCAAGGAUGUCUCGGGAGAAGAUGGAAAGUUGAAACAAAAGAGAAGAUCUAGACCUGGCAGUGGAGCAAGAUCACCAAAGACUGGGGAGAAAAUUGGACUUGGUUUACUGGAUCAGGUUGAUACCGAAAACGAUGCGGAUGUUUCUUCUGAUGACGAACAGUUGGAAGAUAUUACUGGAUGGAAAUUACUUCAUGGAGAUGUAUUUCGUCCACCUCCGUAUGGUUAUCUUCUUGCCCCUUUGGUUGGCUCUGGAAUGCAACUCGUCUUUAUGGCAUUUGGACUUCUCUCCCUCAGUAGUCUGGGUAUACUGAACCCCAGUUUCCGUGGUGGCUUUAUCAGUGUCGGAAUCGGUCUUUUUAUAUUCGCAGGAGUUUUUUCCGGUUACUUCAGCGCACGCGUCUACAAAACAUUUGGAGGUCUCAACUGGCGCAAAAAUACUCUUGUAACAGCAACCCUCUUCCCUGGUUUACUCUUCUCCUUAGUCUUCAUUCUCAACCUUUUCGUCUGGGCCCAAGCAUCCAGUACCGCCCUUCCAUUCGGUACCCUCAUCGCUCUUAUAUUCCUCUGGCUUUGCAUUCAGCUCCCUCUCGUAUAUGCCGGUUCAUAUUACGGUUACACACGCUCCGGCGCCUGGGAAUCUCCCACAAAGACCGCCUUAAUCCCUCGUCAAGUACCCAUCCAACCAUGGUACAUCCGAUCUCCCUCUUCCAUUCUCCUAGCUGGCUUAAUUCCAUUUGCGGUUAUAUUCAUCGAACUCCUUUUUGUCUUUCAAUCCCUCUGGCAAGAUAAAUCCGGUUAUUACUACGUCUUUGGCUUCCUAUCCCUCAUAACACUUCUUCUCAUUAUCACAAUUGCAGAAGUCACAAUAGUAACCAUCUACAUCAAACUCUGCGCCGAAGAUUAUAAUUGGUGGUGGCAUUCCUUCCUAGUUGGAGGGGGUUCAGCAGUUUGGGUUAUGAUGUAUUGUGUGUGGUUUUAUAUGAGGAGAUUACACAUUGAGGGGUUUGUGAGUGGAGUAUUGUUUUUUAGUUACUGUGGGGUUGUGGCUAUUACUUAUGGGUUGGCGACGGGGACGGUAGGGUUUUUGACGUGUUUUUGGUUUGUUAGGAGGGUUUAUGGUGCAAUCAAAGCAGAUUAA